AUGGAGUUUAUUGUUGUUGGAGUGCAUUCUGCAAAAUUUGAUAAUGAGAAGGAUUUAGAAGCUAUUCGGAAUGCAGUUCUACGCUAUGGAAUUAGUCACCCAGUUGUCAAUGAUGGGGAGAUGUACUUAUGGCGGGAGCUAGGUGUCAAUUCAUGGCCUACAUUUGCUAUUGUUGGCCCAAUGGUAAACUCAUUGCACAAGUAUCAGGUGAAGGCCAUAGAAAGAAGCAGCUCUUCUGUACUAUGGUGGAAAGAAUAUGUUGGACAAGAAACCCAUUCCUUUGAGUUUGGAGAAGGAUAA